AUGGAAUUAUACUCCUUUUUCAACUUAAACGGCUCGUACCUUGGCUUAAUUGCACAGGAAUUGCAGCAAUCACCACGGCCUGCAUAUAAACACACCAUCUCUGGCAUCAAAAAGAAUCAAAAUUUUGCAAUUGCAAACAGACAAACACAAUACAGCACAUUAAAGCAAAUGCCACACAACAAACCCGAUAUAAACGCUUUGCUUAAGGCAUUUGACGAAGCUGUAGAUUUUUGGCUUCUUAGCUUGGGUAGAAAUGACGAAAACUCGUCUACUUCCGCUGCCAAAGUAGCCAAUCCCUUGGAGGAACUCUCAAAGUUGGUGAAACUCAUUAAAGCUCAUACUACCAAGGUUGGGAUAAUAUUCAAACCUUCUACCUUGGUGAAGGAAACUUCCACUGCAUACAAUACAUUCCAGAAACUCUCAGAGUCGAUAACUUUAAUGGUUUCGGUGUUACAUCAAUUAGAACCCAAGGUCAUAUCGGAUAUAUUUUAUGAUGAGUUGAUUGAUGUAGCGAGACUCUUGCUUGGAUCGGCCAAGACUUUGGUGCACGAACUCAGCCAAUUCACAGAAGAGAUUGGUGCAGAAGAAAACGAAGGGGAUGAAGGGGAUGACAAUGAAGUCAAUAGCAGGUUGGUGUCAAUUGGACAAAUUUGGAGUCAUUGUGAUUCGAUUGGCAAGAUUAUAAGCCUUGGCCUGCUUGGGGUUCUAGGUCAGAAGUUGAAGAGAAGUAUUGGGUUUAUAGAUGAUGGUUUGGAAGAUUUUGAAGAAUGGGCGAAGGAUCCACAGGAUUUGGGUGAUGAUCCAUUUGGAUUUGGAGAUGACGAAGAAGAGGAAGAAGAUGAAAACGAAGAGGACGAUGGGGCCCCUCUGGGACUUUCUGCUUCUGAAUUGGACAUUCUUUCAGAAUACUCCACAGCUUGGGUGCAGAAAUUCAAACUUAUAAAGCUCCUUCUCACCUCUAUCACUAGAUCGUUGCCUGAGUUGACAUCUGGAGAAACAGUAGACAAGAUCUAUUCCACUCAGAGGAAAGUGGUAGCUAAUGUGGACAAACUUAUUGCAGAAGUCACUUUUACCAUGGAAAUCGGCGACUCUUGCAAAGAGUGCGCAAACUCCAUUGAAAAGGGUUGCACGGUAUUGGUCAAGGAAGUGAGACAAGUGAAUAAGAAGAGUGAGAGCAAGGUGAAAUGGUGCGAUGCCUGGGAAGCUAAAUUUUUCCAGAAGCUGACAGCUUAG